UUUACAAGAUCAACAUGAAAUUCUUAAUAGUUUUAGCUUUGGCUUUAGCCUCGGCUUCUGCUUCUGAAAUCUUUUCACGCAGUAUUGUUGCUCCUGCUUUCGGCACUGAGGGUCGCAUUACUAAUGGUCAAGAUGCUGAUAUGGGUCAGUUCCCCUAUCAAGUUGGUCUUUCUCUGAAACUUAACGCCACCCGCUAUUCCUGGUGUGGUGGUUCUUUAAUCGGCAACGAAUGGGUUUUGACUGCAGCUCACUGUACCGAUGGUGUAGAGUCUGUUACUAUAUACUUGGGUGCCACCUACCGUACCAGAGCUGAAGUUAAAUACGUCGUUGAUGCCGGUGAUAUUAUCAUCCACCCUGACUGGAAUAACAAAACUUUGAAGAAUGAUAUUUCUUUGGUCAAGAUCCCCGAAACCGCUUAUACUGAUUUGAUUCAACCCGUUGAAUUGCCCGCUCUUGCCAACUCUUAUCCUUCCUUUGCCGGUGAUGAGGUUAUUGCUUCUAGUUGGGGUCGUAUUUCGGACUCUGUUGCUGGUGUUACUAACUAUUUGCAAUGGGCUCGCUUGAAUAUUAUUAGCAAUGCUGCCUGUGCUAGAACUUAUGGUUCCAUCAUUACCUCCUCCAACCUUUGUGAUUCCAACCUGGGUGAUUCCGGCGGUCCAUUGGUUUUAGAUUCUACUGGCGUACAAGUUGGUUUAACUUCUUUCGGUUCUAUUUUGGGCUGUGAAAAGGGUUUCCCAGCUGCCUUCACUCGUGUCACCAGCUACUUGGAAUGGAUCAAUGAACACACUGGAAUUUCUUAUUGAAAACUUGAUAAAAUGCUUUAGUUUAAUGGAUUUCAAAUAAAACAAAUUUUUAACGA